UGACAAAGUAGACGACACAGGAACAGAGAGUAGAAGAAGGAGCAGGGUGAGACUCACUGCGUCUAAACUGUAUCUACGCAUCUAUCUCUACGAAGCGUUAACUUUGUUAAGGUUACAUCGUAAGGAGUGUCAUUGUUUAACUUGGACAAAAUAGUUAAACGUGCCUUCUCUCGCGGAGCUGUAUUAUUUGUACCGAUUUUCUGAAUCAACUUCUGCUCCAACCUUAAGAUGAAUUCCUUGGGUAGUUCUUCCAAAUGGCCAUCUUAUGACUCGCUGUCCUCCAACUCGAGUAUGCUCUUCAGUGAGAGUGAGCAGACUGACGAUGAAGCAGAUGUCUUCUCAGAGGGAGAAGGGGACAGUAGAGGAAACAAGUCCCUCUCAGGGGAUGAAAGAAUCACACGCUGCCCUGAAAAAACUAAGCAUCCCGUCUCUUCUCCUGCUGAUGCCACGUUAGGCUCAUCUCCUGCAACACCAGGGGACCUGGCCUUCGCUCAGAAAGUAAGAGAUCUGCGGAGGUUUAUCUGUCCUUUGGUUGAGCUUCUGCACGGACUGAAAACUGGAAGAUUUGACAAAGGUCUAUCAAGUUUCCAGCAGAGUGUUGCAAUAGACAGGUUGCAGAGAAUACUUGGGAUUCUGCAGAGGCCAGAAAUGGGUGAGAAAUACCUACAAAACCUGCUGCAGAUAGAGACGAUGCUCAAAAUAUGGUUCCCUCGGGUGGAAUUUCAGUCCAAAGUAAUACCGAGCCAUACACCCACGCCCACGUUCCGACCACACUGGAGACAGAAUCAGCUCCACAUGCCCGUUAAGAAGAGAAAGCUGAGCUGGUCAGACCCCAAAGACUGCAGCAAAAUCCCAACCAAGCGCACGCACAAUCAACAUGAGAGCUGCUUGGCUGCGACCCCACUUAACACCGCUUCCACGUGUCUUCCUGGAUCACCCAAAAAACAGAGAAGUCCAGAGGACAAAACCGAAAAACCGGCUGAGGAACACAAGGGCACAUUCAACAGUUGCACUUUAAGCAGAAGAUGGGUAAAUGAGAAUCAAGGGCAGUCUGAGGUUUCUCUGCCCUCCUCUUGUGAAAGCCUUGCUACACAAGACAGCUCCGUGUCCUCAAGUGACAUCUUGACCACAGCUGGCUCCACUUCGCUGGCCUGAGCUGACCUUGCUGCCACAUGGAGGUGCAACUGAAUGCUUGCCAUAGGGCGGACUUAAUUACAUAAGGAUUAAGUUUGGCACAGUGCCAGUCCUUUUUGGCUGUAAGGCAUGUAAACGGAAGAGGAGGAAUAGAAAUGCAAAGAGAGAUUUAUCAACCACUGAAUGUCCAGUGCAAUUUUGGAUUGAAUGCACUCUAAUCUCUAAUCCAAGCAAAUGUGUAUCGUCUGUCUGUAAAGAGUAUCAUUUUUGUAUUCAUUUGCCUUUGAGAAUAUGUUGUAAAUGCUUUAAACACUGGUUAAAAACAGGAAUAAUAUAUCAACAAUUUAAAUAUAUUAAUAAAGAAUUUAGGAUGGUUAAAAAUAUAAUUUGCCAGCUUAUUGAAUGUAACGUGUUGGUGCAAAGACAUGGAGCCGCUGCAAAACAACGUGCCAAACCAAACCAUUUUGCAUCAUCAUAUCAUAUCGUACCUUACUUCACCACUUUAUUUAUUAGCUGUUAACACACAUACAUUUGUAUUUCUUUGUAAAUAUAAAUAGAUGAUGGUAACAGAGUUGCUGAGGAAAUACCAAAACCUAAUUGAUCGAUAAUAAAUACUUAAUACUACUCGUAAUUUGUUUUGUUAAAAAUAUGUUUUAUUACAUGAAUUUUAAGCCAUCUUUUGUAUAUUAUGAAGCAAACAUAUUGUAUUUGAUCCUCUGUACAUUUGGAAUAAAUGUAAUUGCAUCUUGGAUGAUUCAGAGGAAAUGCACAUGUACACCUUUCAUCAAAGAGUUGCACAUAUAUUUAUACAACAAAACAACUUCCAUUCCUGAACUCUUUCUUUGUCUGAAAGCAUUUGGCCAUUUUCACCAUAUUAUAAAUCAGAUAUCAUUCAUGUUGAAUGGUGUUUCAUCUCUGGUGGUUUGACACCAGUCAGCCUUACUUAUAAGACAGACAUAAACCUAACAAUACAUCUGCCUGAAAUAUCAUUAUCAAUCAUACAAAGAGUCACUAUCUUAUGUAUCAAAUGUGGUGCUGUGUGGAUGCAAAGAUUUUUUUCUGAGUGAUGUUAUUUAAAAUGUUGUGGAGAGUUGUAGUCUAGUGUUAGGAUCUUUUAUUCUUCAAAAUAGAAAAACUAAAA